AUGUUGAAGUCCCACCUUAUGGUCCCUGCUAAGAUAGCCACUCCAAAUGGAACUCUGGUUCACCCGGCAUACUUCCUACUGGUUGGCAUCCCUGGCUUGGGGCCGAAUGUACACUUUUGGCUGGCUCUUCCUCUGUGCUUUAUGUAUGCUUUGGCUAGCCUGGGAAACCUGGCCAUCGUCCUCAUCAUCCGUGUAGAAAGGCGCCUGCAUGAGCCCAUGUACCUCUUCCUGGCCAUGCUUUCCACUAUUGACCUAGUUCUGUCCUCUGUCACCAUGCCCAAGAUGGCUAGCCUCUUCCUGACAGGGAUCCAGGAGAUUGAAUUCAACAUUUGUCUGGCACAGAUGUUCCUCAUCCAUGCUCUGUCAGCCAUGGAGUCAGCUAUCCUGUUGGCCAUGGCUUUUGACCGCUUUGUAGCCAUCUGCUAUCCUCUGCGCCAUGCUUCAGUGCUCACAGGACCCACUGUGGCCAAGAUUGGGCUAGCUGCCCUGACCAGGGGAUUUGUAUUCUUCUUCCCACUGCCCUUUAUUCUGAAACGAUUGUCAUAUUGCCGAACACAUACCGUCACGCAUUCCUUCUGUCUUCACCAGGAUAUUAUGAAGCUGUCCUGUACUGACACCACAGUUAAUAUAGUGUAUGGACUCUUCAUCAUCCUCUCAGUCAUGGGUGUGGACUCCCUCUUCAUUGGUUUCUCCUACAUCCUCAUCCUACGGGCUGUGUUGGCUCUGUCCUCUCGUGGAGCAGCGCUCAAAGCUUUCAACACCUGCAUCUCUCAUCUCUGUGCUGUCCUGGUCUUCUACGUGCCUCUCAUCGGACUCUCUGUGGUGCACAGACUGGGCAGCCCCACCUCUCUGCUCCAUGUAGUUAUGGCUAAUGUCUAUCUGUUGUUGCCACCAGUUGUCAACCCCCUUGUUUAUGGAGCCAAAACCAAGGAGAUCCGGUCACGGGUCUUCCGUCUGUUCUCACAAGACAGCAGAUGA